UCUCCUCCCUUCCCAUGCCUUUUUACUCCGUGGUAGGGUAGCAGGUAGCCCUAAGACCUCUUUCCAUCUCUCAACCAACCAGUGGAAAGAAAACAAAGAAAGAGAAAAACCGUUGGUAUCACACCGAAAGUUGAGUGUAUAGCCCACGAACCGUCGAUUUGAAUCUCGGAAGCAUAUAUACCGUUGUAAGUGUGUGUGUUCUUCGCAGUUCGUAUUUACGAGGCUUUUUUGUUUCUUUCUGUGUCUGAGGUAUCAGAUCCGAAAAUGAUUUUCAUACUCCUUUUCAAGAAGAGAAAUGAAAAAUCCGAUCUUGAAAUCGUACGAAAAGGGUAGCAAAUCUAGGGUUAGGGUUUGGUAAUUUAUUCCAAUUCAGGGUGUUUUUUGGUUGGGUUAUUUAUCGUUGAGGGAGGGAUGAAGAUGGAGAUGGGAAUGGGUAGGUUUUGGAGCGAAGAAGACACGGCCAUGGCCGUUGCUGUGAUGGGCCACCAGGCGUUCGAUUAUCUGACGGCCGGGAAUGUUUCUUCCGAUGGGCUUCUGACUGCCGUCAACGGUAGCGAUGGCAGUCUCCAGCACAAGCUCUCGGAGCUCGUGGAUGGCUCGGAUUCUUCCAAUUUGGGAUGGAGCUACGCCAUCUUCUGGCAGAUCUCGCGGUCGAAAUCGGGCGAUUUGGUUCUUGGAUGGGGAGAUGGGUAUUGCAGGGAGCCCAGAGAAGGGGAGGAAUCCGAAGCCCGGGCCUUGAAUCUCCGCCUCAAUGGCGGUGGGGCCGACGGCGACCUUGCCCUGCAGAAGAUGCGGAAACGGGUCCUGCAGAAGCUGCACACGUUCUUCGGCGGGCCCGACGAGGAGAGCUAUGCAUUCGGGCUCGACAGGGUUACCGACACGGAGAUGUUCUUUCUCGCGUCCAUGUACUUCUCGUUCCCCCGCGGGGAUGGGGGCCCCGGGAAGGCAUUCGGGUCUGGGACUCAUCUGUGGCUUUCGGAUGUGCUGAAAUCUCCGCCGCCCGAUUACUGCGUCCGGUCCUUUCUCGCUCGCUCCGCCGGGAUCCAGACCGCGGUGUUCAUCCCCACCGAUAUGGGCGUCAUCGAAUUGGGGUCUGUUAGAUCGAUACCGGAGGACUUGGAAGUGUUGCGAAUGAUAAGAUCGACGUUCUCAGCAGCCCCGCCGGCUGCUGUUGCAGUUAAGGUGAUGGAGAAGCGGGACGAAACUGCCACUGUUUCUGGUGGUUUUGGAUUCGGUGGGGCACGUGCGGAGGACUACCCGAAGAUCUUUGGGCAGGAUCUGAACCCGGGCCGGUCUCAGAUCAAUGAGAAACUCGUCCUUGCAAAGCUGGAGGAGCGGCCAUGGGAUGUCUACACAAAUGGUAAUCGGACGCCCUUUCUGCACAGUAGGAAAGCCAUGCAUGGUUCAAGCUGGAACCCAAUCCAUAACAUGAAGUCGUCAGCCCCAGAGGCUUACCCAUCUCAAAUUCAGGCCAAUAAUCCCCAGAAAUUCAGUAAUGGUGUUGUGAUGAUGGGUAAUGAUGUCGAUGCGACACAUCGGGCAUAUGGUCACAGUAAUGGGGUUAGGGAUGAGCCGCGGAUGAGCCAAUUCCAACCGCAGAAGCAACAGCAGCACAGGCAAAUUGAUUUUGCCGGGACGACUUCAAGAGCCGCCUCUGUUAUUGCCCGUCCAAGCGUUGCGGAAUCAGAGCACUCGGAUGUUGAGGCUUCCUGUAAGGAAGAUCGGUUGGGCCCAGCCGAUGAGCGGAGGCCGAGGAAGCGGGGCCGGAAGCCUGCCAAUGGGAGGGAAGAACCACUCAACCAUGUCGAAGCAGAACGCCAGAGGCGCGAGAAGCUUAACCAGCGCUUUUAUGCACUGAGGGCGGUGGUGCCCAACAUCUCCAAGAUGGACAAGGCGUCAUUGCUUGGGGAUGCCAUCACCUACAUCACUGAGCUUCAGAAGAAGCUCAAAGAGAUGGAGUCCGAGAGGGAGAAGUUCGGGAGUGCGUCUCAUGAUGCAGCAUCUGAGGCCAACUCUGCAGAGAACCGCAAGCAGGUCCCAGCCCCAGACAUCAACAUCCAAGCAGCACAGGACGAGGUUGUUGUCCAGGUGAGCUGCCCUUUGGACACCCAUCCUGUUUCAAAGGUCAUGCAUGCAUUCCAAGAGGCGAAGAUGUCUGUGGUUGAGUCGAAGAUCUCUGCUGGCAGCGACACCGUUUUGCACACAUUCGUUGUCAAGUCUCAGGGAUCUGAGCAGCUGACCAAAGAGAAGCUGAUUGCUGCAUUUGCUCAUGAAUCGAAUGCUUUGUAGCCAUCACUUCCUGCUGGGUAGUGUAGAAUCAGUAGAAAGGAUGCAUGGGAAGAAGCCUAGGGCUUUGUAGCCAUCACUCCCUGUUGGAUAGUGUAGAAUCAGUAGAAAGGAUGCAUGGGAAGAGGCCGAGGUUUUCAUAUCGGCUGACUCUAGCGAAAAGGGUUUGAAUCAAGUAUCAGAGUAGUAGAAGGAUUAGUAUGUAGAUUGACUGAGAUUCGACCGCGGUGGUAAAUGUCCGUUGCUGUUUGUAUAUUCGUCCCAACUGCGGAACUAGCCUAGACAGCAUAAUUUAUUAAUCUGUGAUGUAGCUAACUAUUGUUCGUUGCUCACAACUAUCGCAGUCGAGAAAGUGUGGAGAUUGUAGCAAGGCACUACCCUUUUCGCAUAUUACAACUAUGGAUUUGUAUAAGUUGGGUUCAGGUAUUUGGGAUGAACUCAUCGUUCUCUUGUGGCAUAGAUAUGACUGAAGUUCUUUCAAUUCAGUGCAACAUUCAGAUACCUAUGAAGGUUGCAGAUCUCCUCUGGUAGUAAUUGCUCUGAUGUACGUACUGUUACGUGUUGGUAGUAUUUUUGUAGACUGGUCGGGAAGUAUUGGUAGUGUACAUACAUAUAUGUUCACGAUUCUACUAAAGUUCCAAUAGACUCUAUGAGUUCUUAUUAUUUUGUCUA